UUUCCUGAUGCUUGCAGCCGUAAUAUGGAAGCAGAGAACAGAACACAAGCAACAGAAUUUCUUCUUCUGGGAUUAUCAGAGAAACCAGCCAUGCAGUCCACUAUAUUUGGGCUCUUCCUGUCCAUGUACCUGCUCACUGUGUGGGGAAACCUUCUCCUCAUCCUGGCCGUCAGCUCAGACUCCCACCUCCACACCCCCAUGUACUUCUUCCUCUCCAACCUGUCCUUGGUGGACAUCUGUUUCACCUCCACCACCGUCCCCAAGAUGCUGUACAACAUCUGCACACGGAACCAAGCCAUCACCUAUGCGGGCUGCCUCACCCAGAUUUAUUUUUGCGUACUCUUUGCCGUAUUGGAUAUUUUUCUCUUGUCAGUGAUGGCGUAUGACCGCUAUGUGGCCAUCUGCCACCCCCUGCACUACACGGUCAUCAUGAAUCCCAGGCUCUGUGGGCUACUGGUUCUGGUGUCCUGGAUCACCAGUGCCCUGCAUUCCUUGUUUGAAAGCUUAAUGGCGUUGAGACUGUCUUUCUGCACAGACCUGGCAAUCCCCCACUAUAUCUGUGAGCUCAACCAGCUGCUCCAACUGGCCUGUUCGGACACCUUUCUGAAUAACAUAGUGAUGUAUCUUGCAGCUCUGCUGCUGUGUGCUGGGCCUUUUGCUGGCAUCCUUCACUCUUACUCUAAGAUUGUUUCCUGCAUCCGUAGAAUGUCAUCCGCUCAGGGGAAGUCCAAAGCCUUUUCCACUUGUGCCUCUCACCUCUCAGUUGUCUGCUUGUUUUACUGUACACUCUUAGGGGUGUAUCUUAGCUCUGCUGCUCCCCACAGUCCACACUCCAUUUCCACAGCCUCAGUGCUGUACACUGUGGUCACCCCCAUGCUGAACCCCUUCAUCUACAGUCUGAGGAACAAGGACAUCAAGAGGGCUCUGAGAACACUUUUUUUUGUGAACGGAAGUACCGUAGAAUGA